AACAAGAGCGGGGCCGGGAUGAGGCGGCCGUUGCUCCCCGAGCAGCGAGUGGCGGCCUUUGAGGCGCCGAACGGGGCCCGGCGUCGACCCUGAGCGCUCCCGAGCCGCCCCCGGGCCGGCCGCUCGCCCGCCCGCCCGCCGCGCGCCCACCAUGAACCUGGCGAGUCAGAGCGGCGAGGCCGGCGCCGGCCAGCUGCUGUUCGCCAACUUCAACCAGGACAACACGUCUCUAGCUGUUGGUAGUAAGUCCGGUUAUAAAUUUUUCUCCCUUUCUUCUGUGGAUAAGCUGGAACAGAUCUAUGAAUGCACUGACACCGAGGAUGUAUGCAUCGUGGAGAGGCUCUUCUCCAGCAGCCUCGUGGCCAUCGUCAGUCUCAAGGCGCCACGGAAGCUCAAGGUGUGUCACUUCAAGAAAGGCACCGAGAUCUGCAACUACAGCUACUCCAACACCAUCCUGGCCGUGAAGCUGAACCGCCAGAGGCUGAUCGUGUGUCUGGAGGAGUCUCUGUACAUCCACAACAUCCGGGACAUGAAGGUGCUGCACACCAUCCGGGAGACACCCCCAAACCCUGCAGGCCUGUGCGCUCUGUCCAUCAGCAAUGACAACUGCUACCUGGCUUACCCGGGCAGUGCCACCAUUGGUGAGGUGCAGGUCUUCGAUACCAUCAACCUGAGAGCUGCCAACAUGAUCCCGGCUCAUGACAGCCCACUGGCAGCACUGGCCUUUGAUGCGAGCGGUGCCAAGCUGGCCACAGCCUCCGAGAAGGGGACCGUGAUCCGGGUAUUUUCCAUUCCAGAAGGACAGAAACUCUUUGAAUUCCGGAGAGGAGUUAAGAGGUGUGUGAGCAUCUGCUCACUGGCCUUCAGCUUGGACGGAGUCUUCCUCUCGGCGUCCAGCAACACGGAGACAGUGCACAUCUUCAAGCUCGAGACUGUGAAGGAGAAUUCCCCCAGGCCCCAGGAGGAGCCCACCACCUGGACCGGCUACUUUGGGAAGGUGCUCAUGGCCUCCACCAGCUACCUGCCAGCCCAGGUCACCGAGAUGUUCACACAGGGCCGCGCCUUCGCCACCGUGCGCCUGCCUUUCUGCGGCCACAAGAACAUCUGCUCGCUGGCCACAAUCCAGAAGAUUCCCCGGUUACUGGUGGGGGCAUCUGAUGGCUACUUAUACAUGUACAACCUGGACCCCCAGGAAGGCGGCGAGUGCACCCUAAUGAAGCAGCACAAGUUGGACGGCGGCAGUACUGAGACCACCCACGACAUUCUGGACUCAGCCUCCCAGGACUGUCCCCUGGUGGCACAGCCCUACAGCCCCGCUGCAGCGGCCAAAGCCUAUACAGAGGAGCUGGGCGCCGUGGGCGGUGCCUGCCUGGAGGAGGAGGCAGGUGCGCUGAGACUGGAGGAGGACAGUGAGCAUCCCCCGAUGAUCCUUCGUACUGACUGACAACUGGGGGGUGUCCAGACCCCUGCACACGUCUGCCCGGCUCUACCGGCUGCUAGAACCUAGCCCAAGGGCAGGAGAUGGAGCCUGCAGGCGGGACUGUAACUGUGGUGUGAGCCCGCCCAGCGGAAAUACAUGGUUUUCAGUGGCUUUCAACCCUGCUCACGAAUUUAGCUCUGUUUUUUCUCCUUUUGCCAAAAUUAACUGGUGAAGCCCUUGCCACCUCCUCGCUUUGCAUGCAUUCACGUGCCGAGUCAGCAGAGGGCGCCGUGCGCCUUCCCGCUGCCAGAGCUGGGCCUGUGCCUGGAGGGCUGAGGAGCGGCCCCAGGAGAAGGGAGGCCCCAGGGGGCUGGUGGUCAGGGCGCCCUGGAUUUCCCGAGCAGGAGGUGUGGGGCCUGGAGGAGCAGCUCCAGAGCCUCUCCUGGACCUUCCCCCUUUAUUUUGUUAAUUAAAUUCUUUCCUACUUGGA